AUGGGAGCUACGAGGGACUCAAUUGUGUUGACGGCUUUGAUGCCGCCGGGUGGUUAUGGAGUAGAGAUGAAGCGCUGGUCACCACAUGGCCCUGUCGUUGACGACGAUUGCCGCGUCUAUGUCUCAAUGGCUUGCAUUGAGUGGGCUUACAUAUGCUUCAGUUUCCACAAACUGGUCUACCUGGGACGAGUGGCCACGGUGUUGAACCAACUGCAUCGUGUCUCCAACUGCCUGAUCGUACCUCGGCCAAAGCGGUGCCAAACCUCCAAGCUCAUUCGGGUUUCUACGCUACAGUCAACACUCCAUCCGGUCUAG